AUGUCAAGUGAAAAAGUGUGCGGCAAUGAUGAGUGGUACCAUGGUUUAGUUAAACAAACAAGCAAGAUGGCGGUGGGAUUGGCCAGGGAAGCCUCAAGAUGCCAAAGCAAAGGACUCGGAUCAGCUCGAGGCUUCGGAUGGCUCAAGAGUAUUUUAGAGUAUUUUAGAAUUCUCAAAGGGAUUUCCCACCUUGCCGAGCCAAUUAUCCAAGCAAAGAACAUCGUCCUACUUUGCUCGUCUAAUUUACCUCUUUCCCCUCCACAAACUCCAACACAAACCAAACAACUAAAUACCAUGGCAUCAACUCUCAAUUCAAUGUUGCAAAUGAGAACCCUUCCACUUCCAAACUCCUCGGAAAAAAUAUUUCGUGAGGAUCCAAUUCGUAUCGCCACCAAGCUUUCAUCGGAAAGCAAACAACCAUCUUUUUCAUCUAUCCAUAAUCUCAUAAACAGCAAUGAGGACCUCGCCGUUGAUUUCCAACAAGCCUUGAAAUAUAAAUCCAACUCGUAUCAUCCCUAUCAUCGUUCAAUCAAAACAUCUGAUAUAUUAAAUAUUCAACAUAAACAACAACAAUCCACCACCACCACCACCACCACCUCCUCUUCCAUUCCAUCUUCACCAAUAUCAUCAUCCAGAUCAACUCCAACCCGUUCACCAUCACCAUCAUCUUCAUCAUCACUACUUGAUCAUCCAAACCUUUUAUAUUUACUUUGUAGUAGUGUAAGUGCACUAAACGAAGAGGACAAUCUCCUUCUCUCACCAUCAUCAGAUGAUCAAACCCCUCCCCAAUCACCUUUAAUUUCAUCAGGUAAUCGUACAAGUCCAAGUACAUCACCAAAUCAUCUUGUUGGAUCAAAAUUAAAUCAACAAAAUAAUCAAAAUAAUAAUAUAUCAUCAUCUCCAACAAAUAUUAAUAAUAAUAAUAAUAAUAAUAAUAAUACUAAUACCAAUAAUAAUAAUCCAAAUUCAAAUUAUAUUUAUUAUUUUAAUAAUAGAAUAUCAACACCAAUUGAUUAUUUUAGAAAGGUAUUUGGUAAUGUAUUGGAGGAAUUAACUAAUAAGAUUAGUGAUGUCCGUAACAAUACAACUGGAUCUGGAUCUACCACUCAAAGCAAUAGUACUCAUUAUCUUGGAAACCGGUUCCCCAUCACUGUCUCACUCAUCGAGUCCUUUAUUGUCGUCUCGUUGUUUAUAAACUCUCACUCUCUUGAGCGCAUCUCUGACUAUUGGUCAACUGCUCGUGCCCGUUCCUUCCCAGACGUUGCACUCAUUCCACGUAUCCUCUCUCGCAACAAGUACUUUGAGAUCAAGUCUUGCUUGUCCACCGUCCUGACACCACAACUCCUCGACACACUCCAAAACAUCCUUCGUCGCGAUGUCACCGCUUUCUCUAACCAACUUGCCAGUGCCAACCCUUCAGCCGGCUCGGUUGUCCCCACCAACGCCUCGUCGAUGGAGUCUACCAUGUUUAGAACCUCUGUCAAGCACCGCAACUCUACCAAGGAGCUUGCUUCGUUUAAUCUAAUGUUGGAAUACGGUCUCUCCAAUGUCACUGAUUUCUUUAACCAUAUCCGUCCCUCCCAACACAUUUCCAUCGUUCAAUUGAUUGAAAUGUUAACAGAACAAGUUUGUCCAAUCUCUGAAGGUCAACCUCCUUUUAUCUCUGAAUCUAAUAAUAAUAAUAAUAAUAAUAAUAAUAGUAAUAAUAGUAAUUUAGAACUAUUAAAUCAAAUGAGACAACAACAACAACCAACAUCAUCACUUGUAUAUAAUCAACAACCAACUUUAAAUAAUAAUAUUAAUAAUCAAAACACCAGCAACAAUAAUACAAAUAAUAAUAAUAAUAAUAAUACUAAUAAUACUUCAUCCACUCCCAACAUUUUUACUCAUAAUAAUUUCCAUAUCUUAUUGCAACAUCAUUCAUCGACACCUGAUAGUCUAAAGAAUUGUUUUGUUUGUAAACAAUCAUCUUCGACUACUUCUGCAACUUACAAGUGUAGCAAGUGUCUCUUGCCAUAUCAUAAGGACUGUUUUACCAAUUCCCAUGAAUAA